AUGGCUGCUCUUCAAUCAUUUCUAGUGUGUGUCAUAUUUGCUUUUGCUGCCAUUCUGAUCCCUACAAGUACAUCUGCACAAUUAACCGCUGAUUUUUACCAGAACGUAUGCCCUGGGGCAUUGCCUACCAUCGGAUCAGUUGUCAGGCGGGCUAUUAGACGUGAACCACGCAUGGGAGCAUCGCUACUACGCCUGCAUUUCCAUGACUGCUUUGUUAAUGGUUGUGAUGGAUCAGUUCUGCUAGAUGACACAGCCAACUUCACUGGUGAGAAGACGGCGUUUCCGAAUUUGAAUUCACUUAGAGAUUUCGAUGUUGUAGACCAAAUCAAAGCAGCUGUUGACAAAUAUUGCAAUGCCAGCGUGGUUUCAUGUGCAGACAUCUUAGCUGUGGCAGCUCGUGAUUCUGUUCAAACUUUGGGAGGUUCUACCUUUUACUACGAAGUACUAGUAGGAAGAAGAGACGCAAGAAACGCAAGCUGGAACGACGCAAAUAGAAAUCUUCCUGCACCGUUUUUCAACUUCUCUCAGCUUAUCUCUAACUUUCAAGCUCAUGGGCUAGACUUGAAAGACCUUGUUCUCCUCUCAGGGGGCCAUAGCAUUGGACUGGCUCGGUGCACCACCUUCCGUGCAAGGAUUUACAAUGAUACUAACAUUGACAAAUGCUUUGCAGCCUCAGUGCAGCAAGUGUGCCCUGUAAGUGGAGGAGAUAACAACACAGAGCCACUCGAUUCAACUCCAGCGAGAUUUGAUAAUGUGUACUACAAGGCUUUGCGGAAAUCUCAAGGUCUCCUCCAUUCUGAUCAGGAGCUCUUCAAGGGUGAUAACAGUGAAAGCGAUAGACUGGUGCGAUACUACAGUUACCUCCCUGGUCAUUUUGCUAGAGACUUUGGUGCUUCCAUGAUCAAGAUGGGUAAUAUGAAACCUCUCACUGGCAAUGAUGGAGAGGUGAGGCUGAAUUGCAGGAAAAUUAACUAG